ACCGCAGAAUCGCAGACCCAAAUCCAGGCGUGGGGCCCGUGUCCAGAGCGUCUUCCUCUCCAGUCUCCUCUCCACCCACGAGCUCCAUGCGGCCAUGGCCUUCUCUUCUUCGCUGGCGUUCCCCUUCCCUUCCCCACCUUCUGGCCAAGCCCGACCCGCAGGAAGGCUCCGAGCCGGCGCCACCGGUAGGUUGCUGGGGUGCUCCUCGCCACCGCCCGACGUCGUGGUGACCCGCGAGCGGGGGAAGAACGCCAAGCUCAUCGCCGCGCUGGAAAAGCACAAUAUACAGUCUCUGGAACUUCCUCUUAUUAAGCAUGUUGAUGGCCCUGAUACAUAUAGGCUUCCAGAUGUCUUACGUAACGACAAGUUUGACUGGAUUACUAUAAGCUCUCCUGAGGCAGCUGCAGUGUUCCUUCAGGGAUGGAAGGCAGCUGCAAGUCCUAAGGUGCGAGUAGCGGUUGUUGGAGCAGGAACUGCAAAGGUUUUUGAUGAAGUAUCACAGUCUGAUGAUCAAUCUCUUGAGGUUGCAUUUUCACCUUCCAAAGCUAUGGGUAAAGUUUUGGCCUCAGAGCUUCCCAGGGGCAGUGAGAGUACAUGUAAAGUGUUGUAUCCUGCAUCUGCAAAGGCUAGCCGUGAAAUUCAAGAUGGGCUAUCAGAUCGAGGAUUUCAUGUGACAAGACUGAAUACAUAUACAACCGUACCUGUUGAAGAUGUCGAACCACUAACUUUAAAGCUUGCUAUUUCAGCUCCAGUUGUUGCAGUAGCUUCUCCUUCCGCAUUGAAGGCUUGGUUAAAGCUGAUCUCAAAAGUCGAUAACUGGAAUAAUUCCAUCGCUUGCAUUGGUGAGACCACUGGCUCUGCAGCGAAGAAAUUGGGUCUGAAGAGCAUAUAUUAUCCAACAACCCCUGGACUUGAAGGGUGGGUUGAAAGCAUUCUUGAAGCGCUCAGAGUCCACAGGCAAUUAAAAGAGGCCCCAAAAUGUUGAACACGGACAGCCCCUUGUACUGGAUGACGCAUGACGGAGCUUCUUGACGUUGGUGGCCGCUUGUAGACUCAGGAAUUCUUUGCUUCUUUGGCCUUAUAACGCCUGAUGUACAGCCUAUUGUUGUUUCGUCAGUGAAACUUGAUCAUCUGUUGUGAUUAAACUAGCUGUAAAUUGUGUGAGCUGUACAGGGUAGCAUGUGAACAAGUUCUGAAUCGCGGUUCAGCGUUGUGGUGUGGCGCCAAGUUGGACUGUUUCUACUAAUUUUCAUAAGAAGAUGAGAGAAUCCUUGUUACCUGUACAUGUCAAUUGUCGAGGAAGUCGAUGCAUGAAUAAAGCUGCAAAUGUUUUUGC